AUGAAUCUGAGAGGAUCUGUUGAGAGGAACACAAAACCGUUGACCGGUUUCAGGGGGAGUAGCAUGGCUUUAGAGGCUGAGUCACUUGUCGUUCAGGUCAGGCACAGUAAUGGCUUUAUAGAAGUUCAACACAAAGCUUCCCAUUGGAACAGAUUCGAUAUAUGCGUCGCAACGCAUGGAAUUUUAGUCAUGUGUUUUGGAGUUCCUGGUGGAGAUGCACAGCUGCAGCCCUAUGGUAGGGCUGCAGAGUUCGUGUGCUUGGUAUACAUUACACUUUCGGCCCUUCUACAGGUUCUCAACCAGACUUUACUAUUGGAGGUAUUCUUUAAACGUUAUAUGGUGCCUGAAAUAUGCGGUCAGCAAAUUGUUCCACUUGCCUGCAAUUCUCUCGACAAAGUGUUUAUCAUUGCCUGUUUCAAUCACCUCCAAUUCUUGUACUCGGAAUCGCCGUCACGAUUCAUGCAGGGUUUGCAUUUCCGAGCUUGA